AUGAAUAAUAAUUUUCCACAACCUUCCAUUUAUGAGUCAUCAUCUAAUCAUUACUAUUCACAACCGAUAUAUUCAGGUGCAUAUGAACAAAUUCCAUCUGUUAAUAACAUAAAUAUGAAUCCACAACAACAACCAAUGUAUCAGGCAGCUCCUCAACAAUCAUCACCGAUGUAUCAGACACCAUUUCAACAAUCAUCACCGAUGUAUCAGACACCAUUUCAACAAAUGCCACCUUCUUAUGCGAUCACUAUUGAAUCAUCAUCGUAUCCAGUACCUAUACAACAACAGUUGCCACCUGUAAAUAACAAUCAGAAUUUAUCAACAAAGAAUCCGACAGGUCCAGGAGCACUCCCUCCCAACCAAAAUAAGUGGCCACGUAAACCAAUUUCGCUUGUUUGUCCACGAUGUGGUGCUACAGUAACAACACGCGUAGAAGCACAAAUUACCACUAUUACUUGGGUAAAUUAUCAUAUCCAUGAAGAUAAUGAUCAAAUAAUUAUUCUCGUAAUUUUAUCGGAAUCGGAACUUACUAGAAUUAAUGGUAUGCGUGGUUAUGAUCAACCACUUUUAUCUGCUCUUUUGUUAUCAAUUGGAUAUCGUUGUGGUAGUCGAGUAAUGGUUUAUUCACCACCAAAUUCAAUUGAAUUAGAAUUUCUUUUUUAA